CUAUAGGUUGGAUCACAAUACUUCUAGGUGAAGAAAGCUUGCCAUAAACUCUAUUCCAAUGUCUCUUCAAUAGAUCAUAAGCAUGAAUUACUCCAUCGCCUUUGUAGUGGCUUCGAUGUCGUGCUCUUUGCCAGGAGCCCUGUAAUGUCGAUGUCCACUUCUCCGUGCGGCGGUUAGUGAGGAGUUGUCUUACGUCAGGAUCGAUCACCGAUUAUUUCUCUUCUUGAACAUUGACUUGCUUGUUGAAAACAAGACUGUCAGAGGGUCUCGUCUAUCUCAUGGCCAGUCCUGGAACACGCUUCAUUUCAUCAAGACUAGUAAAAAUCAUCAAGUACUCAGUUCUAUUGAUGGUCAUGAUCAUAUUUGUCUCCAUCAAUCUUUAUGUACAUAACACUUUGUCGGCAAAAAUUUCCAGUAACCUUGAUUUGGAGACGAUUAGACUAAACAUUUUUAGCAGUUGUCCAAACCGAUUAAAGAUAACACAAAAUGGAAUAGUUUUCUUCAAAUUUAUUGCAAUUCGACCAAAGCUUGGACACGCCAGGGUUCUCGAAGCCUACUUAGAAAAACCCCGGGCAAAAGAUGAAUUGUUUGUUCUCUCGAAGGGUUUCUUCACGCUUUAUUGUCAUGGGGAUGUGGACGAGGUUAACGGAAAACUAUAUAAAACAGACAUGGAUUACACUCUUAUCAAAUGGAAAAAGUCCUUUGAAGUUGCAGAUCCUCGGCAAUUUUCGCGUAUUGGAGGGCACCAGUCUUUUCAAGCUGGUCAUUACCUGGCGAUCGAAAGGAAUGAAUAUGCUAAUGUUUAUUGGACUAUUGUCGAUCUGUUGGACGUUUUUAUCACAUCGCAAAGUUUGGGCAUAAAACCUGACAAGCUUAAAAUUAUUGUGAUAGAUGCCCAUCCAAAGACCUCAUUGGACCCUCUUUGGACAUUUUUGUUCCAAAGGCUCAUAAAGCUCACCGAUCCUAUUUUUAUAGAGUCAAAUGGAGUUGUGUUCGAAAAUCUUCUUUGGAGAUAUCCGCGUGCGAGGUCUCCUUUAUUGGACAAGAGUCGCAAUUCCCCGAAAUACAUUCAACCUUUUAGGUCUUUUGUGUUAAGAAGGUUUGGCAUCUUAUCUGGAACACAUUUGCGAAAAUGUAGUCAAAAAAAGUUAAAUAUCCUUUUCAUCUUGAGGAGAGACUACAAGAACCAUCCAAGGAAUCUAGCUGGAAUUAUAGAUAGGAAAAUCGCCAAUGAGGAAGAUGUCUUAAAAGAAAUUAAGGACAGCUUCCCUACCGCAGACAUCACUCCUGUGCAGUUGGAUCUUUUACCAUUAAAAGCACAGCUGGAAAUAGUUGCCAAAACAGACAUUUUGUUUGGAAUGCACGGUGCAGCUCAUGCCUUUUCUAUAUUUAUGCCACCGGGUGGAGCUGUUGUUGAAAUGUUCAAUGAUAAUCGCAAAACCUAUAACUGGCAUAUGAACAAAAUAGCUACUCUUUCAGGUCAUUCCUACAUCAAAUGGGGAAACACAGAUAAGGGGGCAGUUGAUAAACUUAGAAAAUCGAUCACAAUUCCUGGUGGAGUGUCAUCCAGGUUGCUAAGAAUGGCAAUUGAUAGCAUUUGUUCCAGUAGUAAGCACAAGCCCUGACGCAAAUUGUUUAAUGAUGUUUGAUUCUAUUGGUCUCACGGUUGUUGAAUAGGAACUUGAUACGAACUUAGGUGACUGUUAUUAAACUCAUUAAAAGUUUCAUCCCGAA